AUGGGUUCCGGUCACCUUUCGUGGCUGCUGUUGAUGCUACCGCUCGAGCAGGACAAGGUUGCUCCUCCCAGCAAAGCUCUCGCUCCUUGGCGUCGCACCUCGAGAAUUUGCCUUUCGUCCGUGCGGCUGCAUCUGAACGCCGCCGGGCCCGUGAUUGGCCCCGGCUUAAACCCUCCCAUCAGCGGCGUCCGCAAGAGAACGGGGACACUGGACGGGAUCGUCUCGCCAUUGGCUCUGAAAGGAGCUCGUCGCAUCGCUGCAGGUUGCCGCCAAACCCUCCGGAACCUCCUGGGCCCCUCUGGACCUGCCGGGCAAUGCUGGACAACCUGGACCAGGCGCCUCUUCGACCAGGGACACCAAAGCAGACCUGUUGGAAGCGGAGACACUCGAAGUCAGUGGAACGGAGGGGCCAACGGAAGGGAAGAUUCUAGAGCCGGGUCUGGCCCCCGCUUCCACCCUCUCGUAGAUUUUGUACAUCACCACGGAGUAGCUUUGGAAAUGGAAGGGGGGUUGGGAGGAUUGCGAAUGAGGAGUCGAGGACGAGUCGAAGUUUGCCCCGCGGAGACCCGCCAUCCCAUUGGGGCUUCUAUGGAGGACUAUGAGGAAGUCGAGCAGAUCGCCUGGGAUGGAGUCGCAGGGACUCGAAUUGGCCAAUGGGUCAUGCCCCGUGCAUCAUUCUGA